AUGAUUUUAUUUUUUACUUCUUUAACUGUUGUAUACUUCUACAAAUUUAGGGAAUUUCACAUUUCCAAGAAACACCCAACAAUAUCUUUCUCUCUUUGGGUUCUUGUUUUAUCUGCAUAAAUUUCAUCUUAUUUUUCUGGGCAAUUUUUGAAAUCAAGAUUUGCAUUUGACACUUCUCAACUUUUACUAUGAAGGUCCAGUUGAAUGGCUUAAGAUAAAAAUAAAGGGCUAAACGAAUGUUCAGAAAAUUACAGUGUUUGAUUGGUCUCAUAAUUAUCCGGGAUUUGUCGAUAAAGGGUCUCAGAGAUGUAUAAAUCGAGAAUUAAGGGAUCUAAAACUCAGAUGCUAAACUAUGUUGAAGAAAACUCUGAUAAUCAGUUGUUAUAAUUAAAAAGAUGGAAAUUAAUGAAGCAGGGAAAAUAGUAAUAGCUAGACCAGUUGCAUCAAGACCAGCUUUUUCCGGUUUUAGAUCUUUCACGGAGCUUCUUUGCACCACUUCAUCUCCUAAUGCGUUGUCCAAAACUGCAGUUGCAGCGAUUAAACCGAGGACAGUGCGGUUUAAGCCAGCAGGGAAUCAAAAUUUAGUCGAGAUGGAUUCUUUUGAGGCUGAGUUAUCCGGUUCUGAAGAUUCGAGUGCAUCUGAUGACAUCCUUAAAUCAAAAAUCACGGCAAAUGUGAUAUACAAACCAAUUGCGAAGCUUGUAUCGAAGACAACCAUUUCUGUCUUGGCUAAUUUGGGGAGGGACAACCUUGCUUGUCUACAGAAAAUACCCGAAGUUGAAGCUCAAUCAAAUAACCAAGGGAACAGCCCAUUGGACCUCACAUCAGAAUCUUGUCAGAAUUUCACUUCACAAUCUGAAGCGAAGGGAACUGCUACACAAGAAAACUCUCGAGCUGGUAAGAAUUCCGUAUUACUCACAACUGAUGGGGAUCGUCCUUCAUAUGAUGGGUAUAAUUGGAGGAAAUAUGGUCAAAAAAUUGAUCGUUUUGGAGUGAAUCUAUAUGCUACAGAGAUUAAAAAGAAGUUGAAAUAUCAUUCAUUAAUACCGUUUAGCUCAAUCCAGUCGCAACAAUUUGAGCAAGCUAACUUAUUAACGUUGAUACAAUUUUAUUGCGCCAAGGUCUAG